GUCCAGACUUCUGUGGUGUUCGCGAACCCACUCUUUUAUUCAGGCAGAGCAGUUGUAAACAGGAAAAGGUGGAGGGCAAGGAGAGAGCGAGAGAGAGAGAGCGGGAGGAAAGCGAGGCAGAGCAGAGGGAUCGGAGAAUGGCGCAAAAGAGUAGCGGAACAUCAACUCGCCGCACCGGUAUGAAUCUUAUGGAAAGUGCGUUAGCAACGAUACUGGAGUGGCUACUCUGGAAUUGUGGACAAAUCUGGAAACAAACAACGCGGAAAACGCCAAAAAUCGUCGGAACGUUCGUCGGUAGCGCCGUCGUUGCCAGCCGCGACCUGAAGGGUCCAAGAAGCAAUCGAGAUCAGGAAGUUUCUUCAAAGAACCUGUCGUCAUCAAGCGUCCGGACACGAGCAGUCACCUCCUGGAGUUAUCGCGUCAUCCUGCUCGUAGCCAUUGAAGCCGUCAAACUGGGCUUAGCGGAAGGCACACUGCUGUGUGACUUGCCAUCGGGUUUGAAGUGCGCGUGGUAUAACCUGUCGCACCCUGCCCAGUGCGCGGCAUUGAUCAUGACGCUGGGAUGCAUUUACGGGGUAAACCGGCUUUUCGACAAGCUUGAUAGCGCUAUGUAUGCUCGACUUUCCCGCGCAACGCGCAACUGGAUGCAACAGAGGAGGGAGGCGCUCGGGAUGUAGGGAAAACCGAAGCCAGGCUUAAACGACCAUGGUUAUAUAGACGGGAAGAUUGGACGGUGGCUCUGGAGGAGGUUCUAGAGGCGCGGCAUCCCGUCACUUUCCGUCAAUGCUGCGGAUCGUCAGAGUUGCGGAUCGUUCGUCAGAAGACCGACUCGGAGACUGGGCGCCAAGUAGUUUGGUGUGACACCAUUGGAUGCGACAAAGGAGGGAGGCGCUCGGGAUCUAGGGGAAACCGAAGCCAGGCUUAAGCGACUACAGUCGUUGUCCCGGGUUAACGGUCCAUAAUGUCACGAAAUGUUAUAACCAUUAGUAGUAGAAGUAGUGAGGGCAUCGCCGUUAAACUGGAAUGACAGUUGUGUUCUAGUUAAGACUACCGAGGUGCAGCCGUGCCACGAGAUUUUGGGACCACUACUUAAGGCAUCCCGCUCACCAGGGAACCGAUGAGCCGGGACCACGACUGUAUGUAUAUAUUGAUAAGGAAGAGUCCACGCUGGACCUGGAGGAGGGUUCGGGAAGUGCGGCAUCCGGUCGCUUUCCGUCAAAGCUGCGGAUCGCAAGAGUUGCGGAUUGUUCGUCGGAAGACCGACUUCGAGAUUGGACGUGAACUAGUUCGGGUGUGAUGCAUUUGGAUCUAUCUCGGGAUGGGCGCGUUCCCGACAAACGACCCCAACAACGAAUUGCCGCUUGGCUGUUCACGCAGGUUCCUACGGUUCAUUUGGUUGGAGAACAUGGAGUUGGGGAUCGGUCGUCUUUCUUCAAUAUUGGGAAUCGCGCGAGUUGCGUAUCGUUAGUCGGCAAACCGACUUGGAGAUUGCGCGGGGAGCAGCUUGAUGUGAAGCAUUCGAUCUCUCUUGAGCUGGGCAAGUUGCCGGUAAUUCACCCGAAACGAUUUGCCACUUCGCUGCUUGCGCUAGAGGGGCGCUUUGCUAGUCUCAGGUAGUUCCUGACGGUGCAUUUGGUUUAUAAAAAUGGAACUGGGGAUCAUUACGUUGUGCAUGGUAAUUUUCCAUAUUUUCGGUUUGAGCGGCUGCAUAUAUGGCUAGUACGUGUUGAAAGAACAACAGGACAAAUCGAUUGGUGAGUGUUUCAUUCCAGCUUUCGCUUCCCGAACGCUGCGUUCCACGUUUUGGGUUGGUGCGUGGCCCCAACACUGAGCAAUGCGCCCUGCUCAAGGCGCCUCAUG